UCAAUUAUAUACACAGUGAAUUCCAUGAACACAAACGGGAAAUGGUCACAAUCACAGACACACAGAGUAAAUUGGCUUGUGUAAACUAAAAUCAAUUGGAUCAUCCAAUGUUUAUCUUUUAACUGCUAUUCUAGGCGCAGUCCCUCCAAGUAAGUGUUUGCUAUUGAAUUGGGUAUUACCACUCUGAGUGAAGUCCUUGAAAGGGAUCCCGGACUCAAAGUGCUCUCUUCACACAGAACCACGGCUCUGAUGGGCGAGUGCUAUUGACGCAGACAUUGGGUUUGCUUUGCAUUCAAUUCAUGGUUGAUCCUCAUCACGAUAAUGUCUUUAUUAGAAAAUAGUUUCAUCACAGAUGCUUUGCCACAGAUGAGCCACUGCAGACUAGAUAUGAGACCCAUAGUUAGAGCUAUGAUUGACACCUGCGUUUGUCCUACGCUCCUACUCAGUGAAAAGGUGGCAUGCAUCACGUCCUGAUAGAUAGAUUGACAAGUGGGCUUCAAGUGGUCUUCAUAGUGGGCCAAUGUUGGCCUACAGUAGGCAACUGAAGACGUUUGAAGUGGACAGGAAUUUGACUAUUUUAUACUUUCAAUCUGCAAUUAUCACUUGUUUUUAUGAUCUGCAAAUAUUAUAGAAUAUAUAAUUGUACAAAAACAAUGCAUGGUUUUAAUGACAUGGCGAUAUAUAUAUAUUUUUUAAAAGAUGUUAUUCAAACAACUGCAUGCAAAUGUUUUAAAUAUUUGCAUGCAAUAACCCAGAUCAAAACAAAGUGACACCACCCCUCCUGUAAUUGCACUUUCAGGUUGGAUGAGUUCAGCUACGCAGGGAAUGUCUGCAGAUAAUUAGAGAUAAGGAGACAAACUCACAGAGCACUGAGAUAUUGGAGCCGAGCUGGUGUUUCGCUCACUGUUUUGGAGCAAAGGCUCAGAAGGCGCUCGCUUGGUGGUCAUCAGUGGCUCACACACACACCGACUGACCAUUUCGCAUUGGGAAACAGGUAAACGUUUUUAAGGCCACCUGCAGGGACAAGGAACCAACAGAGACAGAUGGCGCGUUUCGCUUAAUCGACUCAUUUGUUGGGACCAUUACCGGAGGAGCAUAAACCGGAGGGAUGCACUAAGGACACGAGGAGAAGCCUCAUACGCAGCCCUCCUUACUUCAAGCACAGCGGGGGGCAGAGUCGACUGGACACUAGGUGCCCACUCUCUCCUCCAGUCAAGGAGUCCCUCCCAGUGUGUUUAUCAUUGGGGUGUAGAGCGCGGUAAUCCUCUUACUCCUGUCAACAGAGGCGGAGCGAUUCUUUUAUUGCGUAUUCACUUUUCGCUCUUUGCUUAUCGAGUGUGCGCCUGUGUGUGUGCCUGUUGAGAGGGAGCAAUGCACGGGGCGCGUCGUGGUCGAAGUGCGCCAACUCAAAAAGUGGGAUGAAUUCUGGUGGAAUAGCAGUUUAAACAUAGUCCAGCAGUGGCAGCAGCGGCGGCGGCGGCAGCGGCAGCAGCAAGACGACCAGAUGCGACCGCGGCGAUGAAUCGUCUGCGGACCCUGAGCGUCGAGGCGGCGCUGUUUUUCCUGUCCGUCGCUCAGCUCAGCCAAGCCCUCAGGUGUGUGUGUCACCUGUGCACGAACCACACGUGCGAGACGGAACCGGCCGGGGCAUGCUGGAACUCGGUGACGCUGGUCAACGGCAAGGAGGAGCGGGUCAAGUCAUGCCUGACGCCGGCCCAGUACAGCGGGCAGAUGUUCUGCCAAGGCUCCCGCAACCUGUCCAAGAGGCACUGCUGCUUCACCGACUUCUGUAACAACGUGACGCUGCACCUGUACUCAGACAGGCCGUCGGCGGAGCCGGGCUGGGCCGGGCUGGAGCUGGCCCUGGUGGUGGUGGUGCCCUGCUGCCUGCUGUGUGUGGCCGGCCUGCUGGGGGUCCUGGCCCUCCAGAGCCAGCGCUGCUCCUACCGGAGGGCCAACAAGCAGGACCCCGAGGAGCCGCUGGAGGACCUGGUCAUGUCCCCCGACAAGUGUCUGAAGGAGCUCAUCUACGACAUGAGCACGUCGGGAUCCGGCUCCGGGCUGCCGCUGCUGGUCCAGCGGACCAUCGCGAGGACCAUCGUGCUGCAGGAGUGCGUGGGGAAGGGCCGCUUCGGCGAGGUGUGGCGGGGGAAGUGGCGCGGCGAGGACGUGGCGGUGAAGAUCUUCUCGUCGCGGGAGGAGCGCUCCUGGUUCCGCGAGGCCGAGAUCUACCAGACCAUCAUGCUGCGGCACGAGAACAUCCUGGGCUUCAUCGCCGCCGACAACAAGGACAACGGGUCGUGGACCCAGCUGUGGCUGGUGUCGGAGUACCACGAGCACGGCUCCCUCUUCGACUACCUGAACUGCUACACGGUGUCUGUGGAGGCCAUGGUGCUGCUGGCCUCCUCCCUGGCCAGCGGCCUCGCCCACCUCCACAUGGAGAUCAUCGGCACGCAGGGGAAGCCGGCCAUCGCCCACCGGGACAUCAAGUCCAAGAACGUCCUGGUGAAGAAGAGCGGCGCCGCCGCCAUCGCCGACCUGGGCCUGGCCGUGAAGCACGACUCCAGCGCCGACACCGUCCACAUCCCCGCCAACCACCGCGUCGGCACCAAGAGGUACAUGUCCCCAGAGCUCCUGGACGACUCCAUCAACAUGGACAGCUUUGAGUCCUUUAAGAGGGCGGACAUCUACUCCCUGGGCCUCGUCUUCUGGGAACUGGCUCGCAGAUGUUCUGCCCAGGGGCUGAACGAAGACUUCCAGCUGCCUUACUACGACCUGGUGCCUACAGACCCGUCUGUGGAGGACAUGAGGAGGGUGGUCUGUGAGCAGAAGCUCCGCCCCAGCAUCCCCAACCAAUGGCAGAGCUGUGAGGCCCUGCGUGUGAUGGGGAAACUGAUGAGGGAGUGUUGCUACGGCAACGCGGCCGCGCGACUCACCGCGCUGCGGGUCAAGAAGACCAUCUCUCAGGUGACCGUACUCAAGGACGUCAAAGAUUAGACUUCAUCUCACCCCCCCCCCCCCCCCCCCCCCCGCCCACUACCCCCUGCUGCUCCCUCCCUCGUCCCCCUCGCUGACCUCCGCGCUCGCCGCCGACACGGACUGGCUGGAGAGGGAUUACCCUCGUCUGACUCUCUCCCUCCUUCGCCGUGGCGCCCCCUGCAGUUCAAGAGCACACAUCACAGGCGCACCAUGAGUUCAUGUCUGUUUGUCGACGCCAAAGGGGGUUGCUCAGGGGGUCACGGGCAGGCCGUGUCCCCGGGUAACGGCGAUGAACCGAGGCCGACCUCCGGUAAGUACAGGCGAGCUCUGUCAGGGAGCUCGUCUGGAGAGGCUUAUCGUAGACGAAGUGUGUUCUAGAUGUUUUACUACCUCACCCGCGUUCAAGUGCCCUGAAGCUUUAGGUCGCACGUUGGAAGCUGCUUCUGUGCCAUAAAUGCUAGUACACGCAUUGCAUUGUUCUAAGGGAGUGUGUACCUGUUUCUGUGUUUCUCAGUCACACGACCGCAGUGUAGGAGGAUUCAUGGAUUAGGCCACUCCCGGUUCAUGUUCUUCGGAUAAAAAUGUUCUCGAAAAAAAGUUUACUUUGACGUAUGUGUCGGGAAUACAGCCUUUUGUCUCAGAAGGAGUACCUUGAGUGUUUGUUUUAAGGAUCUAUUUAAAGCUCAGCUCCUAAAAGGUCCCGCUUCUAAAGAAUAUUGUAGAUUUAAAGCCUUUUGUUUAUGAACGUUCAGCACUUUAAUUACUGACCAUGGAAUGCUUUGUGAUGCAUAUUGAAUGUAUACAUGUCUUUUUGUACUUUCAAUGCUGAUAGCUUUUUUUUUUUUUAUUUUUUUUAUUCAUGUUGAUGGAAAAAUCUGUUCUCAGUAGGCCUACUGGUAUCUAUACCACCCAGACUCAAGUUAAUAACCUUAAAGUGAAUUAUUAACUUUGACGAUUAUGUGUUUGAAUUGUUGGUUGGUCGAAAUAUGAUGAAAUUAUUUUUAUAUGGAGUCUCAAAUUGUUUAACGUUGUCAUAUUGGAGGUAUUUACUUGGAGAAAAGACUUUCUAUCAGUUUUAGCGAAGAUGACGAUGAUGACUCUAUGGGCCCUAUAGGCGCAACCUUAUUUUAAGGUUGCGCCUAUAGGCCUACAUGUUUGUGUGCAUUCAAACAUGAUUUUCUUGAAUUGUGAGCUUCUUUGUGGAUGUUAACUGUCGCUGCAUACAUGAAUUUCUACAUUGCGUCUCCUGUAUUGAUCCCGAGUUUCUAAACUGCAUUCCAGUUCCUUUAAACUGUGGAGGAGACUUGAUCGUUUUCAUAAGCAACACACCUGUCAAACAAGUUGGUAAUUUACAUACUGGUCAUAUUCAAUGUUUACUUUGUUUGUAUUUGUAAAGCAAAUAGCCUGCUUUUUAUAUGUCAUGUACACAUUCAGUUCUCUAAUGUUCAUGUCAACGGUUUGACUUUAUCAUGACUUCUAUCGUGUGAGGAAAGAUUGUCUCCGAUGUAAACCCACAGUAAAUCAAACCUAGUGAAAUCACAAAGACACAACGUCUGUAUGUCUAAUGUCUAGCUCAAAGAUAGUUUUUAUAAUUACAGAUCUUGAAAAUCCAGAAUGAAAAGUAUUACUGUACACUGUACCAGUGUACCAGAUAUUCACUUGACUAACCAGUCCUGUUCAUUUCUCAAGUUUUAAUGAGGCCUUCAACUCAUUAGAUAGUCCCAGUCAUUUGAAACUGUUACAGCAGCCAGCACAUGCCUGUAAUGUAUGAACAUGGACAUGCUACGUAUGUAAAGUGCACACCCACGCCUAGCUUAGCAUAGCAUAGCAUAGCAUUAGCUCUUCUCUCGAAUGUGUUCUCAUCAAGGCACAGGUAACAGGUGACAACUAAUUGUACACAUGAAAUAUGUUUGUAAAAUCUGUUGAAGUCAUUCCAAAGAUAAAACUAUGAGUAUGUGCAACGUCUGGCUCCAACUCAUCGUGAGAUAUCGGUCAAUAUCUAUAUAUAUCUAUAUAGCCUAUAUAUUUAUAAACAUCUUGCUGUUUUUUCUCUUCUUAUCAGAUGCGGAUCUCGUUACGACAUGUUCUCUUGUGCAGUAUUUAUUGUAUAUAAGAGUGUGUUAUAUCAGUUGGUCAAUAAAUUAUUUUUCAAUAAGCGUA